CAUUAUUUCAGAGCAAUGGUGGUUAUGAAUUUGACUAUGCCUCUGUUCCUUUUCUUGCUGAAGUGUCUAAGGUCUUGAUUAGUUGGGCGGCCCUCAUUUAUUUAAAUGUUCCCAUAAAUGAUUCUUUAUACGAGUAGUAUUUUUAUUUCUAGAGUAGUUUAAAAAAAAGCCAACUGACAUAAUCAUCGGAAGAUCAUCGCCUGCACAUUUCUUUGGCGUGGCUAAAUGGACAUGCCGCCGCCGGAAGGAAGGUCGCCGAGACGGGAAAUCCAAGGUCCCCGUCCGGCCCCUUUAAAAGUCCGCAAGGAGUCUCAAAAGAUAAGAAAACCUCCACUCCCGUCGUCGGCGCCGCCGCCGCCGCCACUCAUCAUCUACACGGUGUCCCCCAAGGUCUUCCACGCCAACCCCAACGAGUUCAUGUCUCUAGUGCAGCGCCUCACGGGCCCACCUCCCCCCUCCCUCGCUUCCAUAUCCUCCUCCCCUUGCGGCGGCCGCGGCGGGGCGGUGUCCCCCGCCGCCUGCUUCGCGUCGUCGGCCGCCGGAAUGACGAGGCAGAGGGAGAGGCGUGACGUGGCAGCAACGGUCGGCGAGGGUGUGGGGAUUGUCGGCGGUGAGGUAGUGGAGAGGAGCGGGUAUUCCCCCCCGGGGGUAUUAUCGCCAAAUCCCGCUUCCCUCCCGGCAAUACCUCCCGGGCUUUUCGCGCAGCCAUCGUCGGAUCACCAAACGCCUAUUGGGACGUUUCUGUCGGAUUUGAUCAGUCCGCCCGUGCUGUUGCCGGGUACCAGAAACUACCCGGACGGGGGUGUUUUCACGCCGAGUCCUUCGUUUCUGAAUAAUUUCAUUUCGCCCCGGUUCAUAUUAUCUCCAGGUACCCCAUCUUUCGACCUUUUCAACAAUCUCCUUGACCCGUAAUCACAAGAAAGCCAGCCAGCCAGCAGGGCUAAUCAAUUUAGUACACGAAAUUGACAGAAUUAGAAAUUCUCAAAUUUUAGUUCAUUUUUAGGGCUACCACUUCCAAAACUACAUAUUUUUGUGCUAUCAAAUAUUAUAAUUGAAAUCUUUUGUCCCAAUUUUAAUUUCAUAGUUUAAAUUUCGUGUUCCAAGUGGAGCCCAACUCAUGAUCUCUUUGAUGAGAGGAUAUGUGGGAGAUGCAUGCAUGAUGAUCCAGAUCUGAUGAGGAGGAGGACUAAUGUGGAAUUUCACACAUGUAUAUUGUAUAGUACGAGCUCCUUCUCAAACACUACUCAUUCAGUUUGAAUUUUUUUGACUCAAUCUAACUAGUUAAAUUUUGGUCAUCAAUUACUUAAAAAAUUACAUUGCAUAUU